AUUGCCCCUGCCGCUUCCCGGCUAUGGUUGGCCGGUGCCUCCCUCCGCGGUUCGCCCUCUUGGGGCGCCGCGCCCUGAGCAGCUCCGCACCCCAGGCUUCACCUCUGGCCUCUUUUCUCCUUCCUGAGCCAGGCCUUUUCCCUUGACCCUUUAGAACCCCCGGCUUAGUUCCCCCACAGUCGACAUUUUUCCAUGCCCCCCAUCCCUCUCGAUUACCUCCAAAGGGGUGACCCCCACAAGCGACUCCGGCCCUCCCCUCCGCGCCCUUCACCCCUCACCCUUUUCCCGUCUGGCCUCGGCUACCCUUCGGGUGGCAACCGCCUCUUCCCCGCCCCUCACGUCUCCCCCUCCUUCCUUCUCGCCCUCCCGUCUCCAUUCAUCCAGCCAUUGUCUCCCGCCCCCUCCUCCCCUUUCCCCAGGCGGCCUCCACCCCCACCGCUGCCACGUCGUGGUUUGAAGGAGCCAAUGGGCCGGCGCCGCCAGGUGUCUCUUACCUGCACCACGUGGGGGAGGGGGAAGGGGCGGGCAGGUAGAGCCACAUCCCAAAACAGAAAAGCUUUCAGCCAUUGCGCGCUCCACCCGGGGUGCAGCCCAGCUCCUGGCUUUUUGCAUAGACGCACGGGCAAUUGAAUACAAAAAGGGCAGGCCUCCUGCGCCCUCCUUCCCACCCCCUUCCUGCCCAGGGUGUGGAGCACCGACCAGGUGUGGGCUAGGGUGGUUGGUUACCGCCUUUUGCACCGGCGGCGGCGAGGAGGGGGGGGCGGGCGCUCUUUCUUUUUCUCUUGGAAGAGGUUUUAGCACGGGUUUUCUCGUUCUCACUUCCACCCCGCCUCACCGCCUCCCGACCCCCCUCUCCCCCUCCCCACCUAUCGUCAUGACGGCGUCUCCGGAUUACUUGGUGGUGCUUUUUGGGAUCACUGCUGGGGCCACCGGGGCCAAGCUGGGCUCGGAUGAGAAGGAGCUGAUCCUGCUGUUAUGGAAAGUCGUGGAUCUGGCCAACAAGAAGGUGGGACAGUUGCAUGAAGUGCUAGUUAGACCGGAUCAGUUGGAGCUGACGGAGGAUUGUAAAGAAGAAACGAAGAUCGACGCGGAAAGCCUGUCCUCCGCGCCGCAGCUGGACCAAGCCCUUCGACAGUUUAACCAGUCAGUAAGCAAUGAACUGAAUAUUGGGGUUGGAACUUCCUUCUGUCUGUGUACUGACGGGCAGCUUCAUGUCAGGCAAAUCUUGCAUCCUGAGGCUUCCAAGAAGAAUGUAUUAUUGCCUGAAUGCUUCUAUUCCUUUUUUGAUCUUCGAAAAGAAUUCAAGAAGUGUUGCCCUGGUUCACCUGAUAUUGAUAAACUGGAUGUUGCAGCAAUGACAGAGUGUUUAAACUUUGAGAAGAAUAGUUCAGUCUCCCGGUAUGGAGCCUCUCAAGUUGAAGAUAUGGGGAAUAUAAUUUUAGCAAUGAUUUCAGAACCUUAUAAUCAUAGGUUUUCAGAUCCAGAGAGAGUAAAUUACAAAUUUGAAAGUGGCACUUGCAGCAAGAUGGAACUUAUUGAUGACAACACCAUAGUCCGGGCGAGAGGUUUACCAUGGCAGUCUUCAGAUCAAGACAUUGCAAGAUUCUUCAAAGGACUCAAUAUUGCCAAGGGAGGUGCAGCACUUUGUCUGAAUGCCCAGGGUCGAAGGAACGGAGAAGCUCUGGUUAGGUUUGUAAGUGAGGAACACAGAGACCUAGCAUUACAGAGGCACAAACAUCACAUGGGGACCCGGUACAUUGAGGUUUACAAAGCAACAGGUGAAGAUUUUCUUAAAAUUGCUGGUGGUACGUCCAAUGAGGUAGCCCAAUUUCUCUCCAAGGAAAAUCAAGUCAUUGUCCGCAUGCGGGGGCUCCCUUUCACGGCCACAGCUGAUGAAGUGGUGGCCUUCUUUGGACAGCAUUGCCCCAUCACUGGGGGGAAGGAAGGCAUCCUUUUCGUUACCUACCCAGAUGGUAGGCCAACAGGGGAUGCUUUUGUUCUCUUUGCCUGUGAGGAAUAUGCACAGAAUGCAUUGAGGAAGCAUAAGGACUUGUUGGGUAAAAGAUACAUUGAACUCUUCAGAAGCACAGCAGCUGAAGUCCAGCAGGUGCUGAAUCGAUUCUCUUCGGCCCCUCUUAUUCCACUUCCAACCCCUCCCAUUAUUCCAGUACUACCUCAGCAAUUUGUGCCCCCUACAAAUGUUAGAGACUGUAUACGCCUUCGAGGUCUUCCCUAUGCGGCUACAAUUGAGGACAUCCUGGACUUUCUGGGGGAGUUUUCCACAGAUAUUCGAACUCAUGGGGUUCACAUGGUAUUGAAUCACCAGGGCCGCCCAUCAGGAGAUGCCUUUAUCCAGAUGAAGUCUGCGGACAGAGCAUUUAUGGCUGCACAGAAGUGUCAUAAAAAAACCAUGAAGGACAGAUAUGUUGAAGUCUUUCAGUGUUCAGCUGAGGAGAUGAACUUUGUGUUAAUGGGGGGCACUUUAAAUCGAAAUGGCUUAUCCCCACCGCCAUGUAAGUUACCAUGCCUGUCUCCUCCCUCCUACACAUUUCCAGCUCCUGCAGCGGUUAUUCCUACCGAAGCUGCCAUUUAUCAGCCCUCUGUGCUUUUGAAUCCACGAGCACUACAGCCCUCCACGGCAUACUAUCCGGCGGGCACCCAGCUCUUCAUGAACUACACUGCGUACUACCCCAGCCCCCCAGGUUCGCCCAAUAGUCUUGGCUACUUCCCUACAGCUGCUAAUCUUAGCGGUGUCCCUCCACAGCCUGGCACGGUGGUCAGAAUGCAGGGCCUGGCCUACAAUACUGGAGUUAAGGAAAUUCUUAACUUCUUCCAAGGUUACCAGUACGCAGCCGAUGAUGGACUUGUACACACAAAUGACCAGGCCAGGACUCUACCCAAAGAAUGGGUUUGUAUUUAAGGGCCCCAGCAGUUAGACCAUCCUCAGAAAAGAAGUGUUUGAAAGAUGUAUGGUGAUCCCGAAACCGUCAGAUAUAUCAACUUCUAGCAACUUCAGGGGAAGUUUGUCUACACUCAGGCUGCAGUAUUUUCAGCAAACGUGAUUGGACAGUGGGCCUGUGCCCUAUCUUUUGGUAGAGGAAAAAAUUUGAGCCAAUGAAGCCAAAUCCUUCUAGCAAGCAGCAUGCCUGACUCCUUGCUGAUUGCAAAUAGGCAUUUAAAAUGUGAAUUGGAAAUUGAGUGACUCUAAUACUUCCAGCUAACGUGGCAUCAUAGGUGUUUCCUAAGUUUUAAGUCUUGGACAAAAAAUACUAGUGUCUACCGUCUCCAUCAGGAACUCUGUUGUGGAAGCUUCAUUUGCGUGUUUCCAUUUUUCUAUCUCCAUCUCCCUAUCUUCUGCACGAGUGUGCCCUCUUAACUAAGUAAUUCAAGAAUAAGAUCUUGGAAUACUUGAGUCACAAACUUAAGAAAUAAAACUAUUCUCCCACUAUCUUGGCCAUCAUGGUGUCUUACAGUUAAAAACGAAUGAAAAUGAUUUUUAAAACACCUUGGGAUAAAUUAGAAGAUACUGUGCACCCACUGCAAAACAUACAUGGCUUAAAAGUUGCAUCUUUUUUCUCAGCAGGUACCAGUUGUAAAUAAUGAACUAGGGGCCAAAAUGCAAAACCAAAAAUGAAGCAGCUAUGUGUAGCUAGUAAUUUCUAGUUUAAACUGUAACUGAACAUUGUGGCUUCAAAUGUAUUAUUUUAUAUUGUACUUUUCCCAUUAUUGAUGGUUUGGACUUUAAUAAGAGAUAUUCCAUAGUUUUUAAUAUCGCAAAAUGAGAAUAUUUGAACAGUGUAUUCUAGAAAGCAAUAUACUAACUGAAGUGAAUGCUUGUAUAUAUUAAGAUAUAGCCUUAAACCUUUCUCUCUAAUGCCUUAACUGUCAAAUAAUUAAAACUUUUAAAAGCAUAGGAUUAGAGUCAGCAUGCUAGACUGAGAGGUAAACACUGAAGCGGUUAGAGCAGUUACUGAUGCUGUCAGCGUUUAGCACUAUGUGUUUAGCUGUGUGUAUGCUACAAAAGUGCAAUAUUAGACACUAGCUAGCUAGUACUGCUGCCUCAUGGAACUCCAAAGAGGAAAACAGGAUUUGAUUAAGUAAGUGCACAUGUGUCUUUAAGUUCCUCCUAUUGUCCUUGGCUUGGAUGCAAUGCCAUGCAGAUUUAUGUGGCUGCUAUUUUUUAUUUACUUUGCAUUACUUUGAUUAACACCUUGAAUGGAGAGCCAAACCUUCCCUCUUCACUUGACCAGCAAUGGCCCUUUAACUGCAGUAGGAAAAAAGAAAAAACAAAAAAACCUUUUUGUGUGAAAACUGGUGACAAACUGGCACUUAGGAUCAGAAAAAGAGUUGUUUAUACUUGAUGCCUUAAGAUGCUGUCUGCCCAAAGCUCUGAAAGCCUUAAAGAUAGUAAUACUUAACUACAAUACUACUGAGAGUUUUCAUAGAAUUGUUACAUUUGAUAAUAAAACAUGCCUGUUUAAUCUCAAA